AUGGAUGUUGAAACUGUUAAAUUCAAAUAUGGUUAUUUUGGAAAAUUCAAGAAGAAUUUCUAUUGGGAUGCUUUCGUUAGUGAAGUUGUGGUGAAGCAACAAUGGAUGAAGAAGGCUUCAUUAUGCUACAAGAAUUUCAUUUCCAAUAUAAAGAAGAAUAGAGCUACAGUUCAACCGGAAUUUGUAAAUGACCAUGUGUGGGAAAAGUGGAUGGAACUUUGGCAAAGUGAUGACUGUGUUAAGAAAUCCGAGAUAAAUUCAAAUAAUCAUUGUGGUGGACAGGAAGUAGCUGCUGGGACACACACAGGUGGCUCUAUCACAGCUGGAGAGCACCAAAAAAAACUUGCUAAAGGAGCUAAGCAAGUAGCUGCAAUGACAGCUAUGCUACAAGCAGCUGCUGCUAUUUUUCCUGCUCUUAAAAUAGGUCGAGAUCCAACUCUAAGUGAGUUACAUUUGCACGUCCAUAUACAUAAUCAUGAUGGAAAAUCUUUUGUUGGUGAGCGUUCCCGACUUCUACAUGAAAGGUAUGAAGAAAUUGUACGGGAAAAAGUACAUUGUGAAUCUGAAAUUGACCAAUUGGAGAUAUAUUAUAAAGCUGCGGGAGGAGCAAAGAAGAAAAGACUAUUUGGUCUUGGAUCUGAAGCUGCCAGUUACUUUGGGAAAAAACUUUUUAUUGAGUAUGUUGGUGGUAUUAGGGUACAAGAAGGGGCCGUGCUUGAUCCUCCUCCUACUAAUGAUGAUGAUGACGACGGUAAUUCGUAG